UGAAAAUUUAAGAGGCAGUUUGAAAGAAUACGACCUUGGCGUCGGAGAGGGAAGUUGGGCCAUUUGAGGCGGAAGAACUCACAAUAAUACUCCCCGACGAAGAUGCAGUCGCUCGUAAACGCAUUCUCAGUACUGGAGCUCGAUGCCGAAGACGAUCAAAUUCCUGCUCUCUCUACUUUCUCCAAACCUGACGCUACCGCUUCUUCCUCUUCAAAAACAGGAAAAAGCAAGAAGGAAGUUGAUAUCUCUGGUGAUAUUCCGACGGGAGAAAGACAGAAACAAAGUCUACUAGAUGUGGCUGCAGAAGACUACAAAUUGCCCCUUGUUUGGAUUGACCUGGAAAUGACUGGUUUAAAUGUAGAAACAGAUAGAAUACUGGAGAUUGCUUGUAUAGUUACCAAUGGCAAUCUGACCAAAUUGGCCGAGGGUCCUGAUUUAGUGAUUCACCAAUCAAAAGAAUGUCUAGAAAAAAUGGGAGAAUGGUGUCAAACUCAUCAUGCAGCCAGUGGAUUGACAAAAAAAGUGUUACGAAGUACAAUUAGUGAACGAGAAGCCGAAAAACAGGUUAUAGAAUUUGUGAAGAAAUAUGUCGGUAGCUACACUCCACUGUUGGCUGGCAAUUCAGUUUAUACAGAUUUUAUUUUUUUAAAGAAAUACAUGCCAGAUUUAGCUGGACUUUUCUCACAUGUACUUGUUGACGUCAGUAGUGUUAAGGCUCUAUGCUGUCGCUGGUAUCCAAAAGAUCAGAAGAAAGCCCCACAUAAAGAGAAUAAACACAGGGCUAUGGACGAUAUCAGAGAAAGCAUUAUGGAACUCAAAUAUUACAAGGAAAAUAUAUUUAAGAAGUCUAAAAAGUGAUGCAAGAUGAGGCACCACAACCACAAGAUUGUCUGUCUGAACGAUUUGAAUCUAUUCAUUUCCAGUGUAGUUGCUGGAGACAUUGCUUGGAGCCGCCAUGGUAUGAGAGGAUUUUAAGCACAUGGCAUCUCAAAUAGAUUAUCUGCUUUUAAAUUGAAGAAUACAUGCGGAAUGAAUUAUUUAUGAUAGGUGGUCAUGUAUAUUGUAAUUUUUUUUCCUUUUAAUUCUGUGAGGUAUACAAUUAACUGUGGAAAAAAUGUGAAUUUGCUGGAUAUGUUUAAAAUAAAUACUUGUGUGAGUAAUGAUUUUCUUGAGCA